ACGAUGGGAGAAUAUUGUAGAAGACCAAUGUUCAGUGACUGCUUAACUUAAUAGCAAUGUUUGUGCGCUAAUGAAAGGACUACACUUUGUAGAGCACCCGGUAUGUGAGGAGGAGGGCACGGUGUACGCAGCGGGCUCGGCGAUGGGCUCGGCGACAGCGUGCGAGCAGUGCUUUUGUUUGGGAGGUUCGCGACGCUGCGUGCGGCCCCAAUGCUUGCGCCCGCCUCUGGGCUGUCGCGCCAGGCCUGCGCCCGGCGUCUGCUGUCCGCAGCGAUACUACUGUGAGCACCCCACCACCAAACCUCCCGACGAACACCACCUGCACGAUUGCCAGGUAGAGGGGCAGUGGGUGGCGGAGGGGGAGCGCGUGGAGGCGCGCGAUGGCGCGGCAUGCUCGCAAUGCUUCUGCCUGCGCGGCGCCGUGCGCUGCCAGGCGCUGGCCUGCGCGCCUCCGCUUCUAGGCUGCAGGCCGCUGCUGGAGGCUGGCCAGUGCUGCCCUCAUCAGUACCAAUGUGUCUUCCAACAACGGCAAGGAUUGCCAGAUUUUCACACUCAACCCAUAUUAGACAACACUUUGAGUUCAUUUCAAAAUAAAGAUCGAUCCUUCCGCAGCGCUCCACCGAUAGAACAAUAUAAUGUGACGAAGGCAUUGUCGAUUACCGUAACGGAUAAAACUACGACCUCGUUGAUGGGUGAUGAACACGAUUCAACUGCAACGACCAAAGUUAAAAGAAAAACAAGUGACUCAUCGACCCAAACUACGAGUAAAUCGACAGAAGGCUUAACUGCAGCGACGCCAACCGCACAGACGACGACCAAAGUCAUCGUCAGCACGGACAGAAUGACGUCGCAGGCUACGGAGGCCUCGACACCCGAGGAAGAUGCCACGGAGCAGCCCGAGAGCUCCGUCAAAAUUAUCAUCAACGGAACAAUUAAUUGUACGGCCGAAUUAUCGACAACCACCGUAACUAUAAACUCUACCAAGGCAAACGAGACGGAAAACUAUUCUGACGUAGAAAACAUCCAAGCGCGAAUACCUAACAUAGCUCAGAGUUUUGAAUCUCAUACAUACAAUCCGAACGAUAUCAUCACCGACAGAAAUUACAACGAGGACUUUGAUGAAAAUGAGUCUUACAUCAUAAACGUGACCAGUUCUCUGAUAAGCUCGUUGCGCACCAACAACACGCUUAGCAGCCCGGCGCCCUCGGCCACCAAAGUGACGAAUGCGGAGGCCCCGGACACAAGUAGCAUCCAAAACAGUUCUAAGAAAACUAAGGACGAGUAUGAAUAUUACUACAACAAGCCGACGUUACCGCCAUCGCUACCUAAUUUAAAGAUCAUUCCUUUCGUUGCAGCGGACGCCGUCGUGGACGAUGACACGUCAUCGAAGAAAAGCCACGCGUAUCCCAUUGUUGAUAGACAUGACAAAUAUCCCGUGUACUUCCCGAGCGGGGAGGGGAAGGAUGAUCCUUUUGCGACGAGGCGAGAGGACUUGUAUAACCCCACUCAGUUUCCAAUAUUUUUAUCAAAAAAUAUAGAAUCGGCGCAGUACCCACUAUCUGCACACGAGGUACACCUCACGAAUGAGUACCCCAGUAACGGUGACAUAAUAACAUCAGUCCACGAGUACAGCGUUACCACUGCGCUCGGCAGCGACCUGACGCAAGCGAACAAAGCGACUACCAAACUACCCGGACACAAUACCAAGAUUGAACUGGAUACUCCGGUCGUUAAUUUGUUCUCACCACCAAUGGAAACUGAAGGAGGAUUUAUACCAAAGGACCCGGCUAUAAACGAUGACUUUUAUGCUUUGUACACCAGCAGCACCCCGGCCGGAGCCAUUGUGCCACAUUUGACUACUUCCAUGCAACUUGAUACUACCAAAGAAUGUGUGUCGGAAGAUGGUCAGAGGGUGGUCGAAGGAGAAGCGAUCAGCUUAGCAUGUUCCGUGUGCACCUGCGCCUGGGGAGAGCUGCAGUGCUCGGCUCGGCCGUGCGACAGCCCACCCGGUUGCAGGAGGCGCCCCACCAGCGCUUCUUCUCAAGAUUUAUGUUGCGGCGAUCUUAUUUGUAACUCAGGAAACAAGACUACACCUUCCCCACAGUUUCUGUCCACACGGAGUUUACCUGUAAUAUCAUUCGUAAAUAAAUCUCAAGAAAUAUCAGCAAAUAGUUCUGAUGUAUUUACGGAAUUAAAUAUAGUAGACAAUACGACGCUCCAAUCUUAUACACCGACGACUGCUCCACCAAAAAUAAUAACUACAAUGUCCUCAACGGUGAUAAACGAGGAGCGGUUUAAGUCAGAAGUGACAAAUAUCAAUUUAGAACAAAGUUCCACAGAAAAGAAUGAACAAAGUAGUAAACCAACAACAGUCGCAGUAGAUUCAGAAAAGGAUAAUGAUAAUUCACAGGAAUAUGAUGACGACAGUGAUGAUGAUGGAUUCUCAUUGGGAAGCGUUUUAAAACUGUUGUUAAGUGACAGUUACGCAACGACAACAGCUGCACCGGUAAAACAAUCGACAGUGCCAGUUACACAAAUAACAAAUAUCGUUACAAAAACAACGCAAGCGCCAAAAACAACAACGAAGAGACAACCGUUCAAAUCCUCUUCUCCGCUCGCCUCGGUUACGAAUCGUCCACCUUACAUGCCUGUAAAACAUCAUCAACCCCAAAGUGCAAUAAACCGUAUCGAUCAUUUGAUUUUGGGUGAAUCGACCGCUAUUAAGAAGAUGACCCCUCGUCCUACUACGGUACCGUUUAAGCCGAUUCCGACCAGAAAGCCCGCCCCAGCAAAAAUGUCCACGUCCGAAAAACCUUUCAUCACAACGAAACCAGUUGAAGUUACUAAAAAGUCUGAUUAUGUUCAGUACACGUCCAUUACGCAAGAUAAUGUUAGACCGUCCACUUCGAACCACUUGAGCGGUGGUCUAGGCCCUGGGUUCUUGAAACUGGCCGGAUGCAACAUCUACGGUAAAAUGUAUCGCGUCGAGAGAAUAAUAGCUGAGCUGUCGUCUUCGUGCCAGGAGUGCCGGUGCACGGAGCUGGGCGUGCAGUGUCGCCAGCUCGGCUGCUCCAAUACGACUGGAUGAUGACAUACAUGCACACAUUGAAGAUGAACUGACCGCCGUGGACCAUGUGUCCACAUAUAUUUACUGGAUUAGUUAAAGUUAUUGUACAGAGUGCGAUAGAUUUAGUUAAGGCGUUGUCCGAAAUCAAACAGCAUAUCAGAUACUGAGAGAUAAGAUUUUGUUAAAGCAAAAGAAAUUACUAUUUACGGACUAGGUCACCGACAGCCGCUAGUGUUGAUCUCAGACAUAGUUAUACCAUAGAUACUUUAAUUUUGCACAGAAUAAAAUGAUACGGCGGCGAAUAUUUAGUUCGUAAUUUCCGAAGCCAAGAAUUUAAAAGAUAAGAAGCUGACUUGCCAAUGUGUUAUGUUAAAUAAUU